AUGAAACCCCAAAAGCUAUCUUCCAACAGAACUAAACUAAUCCUCCUGGCCAUCAUUAUAGGCGCAAUCAUCAUCGCUAUUGGUCUUGGAGUGGGACUAGGGAUUGGGCUCCGGAAAGAUAGUCAGAAUUGUGAUAAAGUCCGUCAAGGUGGUCAAGGCUCGGAGACAGACAACACACUCUACAAAUCUGCUUCAGCCACGUUCAAGAGUGCAGCGGUUGUUGCUGACUCGAAGAUUGCUUCAGAUAUUGGAAAUUCUAUACUAGAGCUUCGGCGAGGAAAUGCCAUAGACGCUACAGUGGCCUCGUUAUUUGCGACUGGUCUGAUGAGUUCACACAGUUGUGGCAUUGGUGGAGGAUCCUUCUUUGUCAUAUACAUUGCACAGAACAAAACAUGGCAUGCAGUGGACAGUAGAGAGACUGCUCCCGGAGGAGCAUCAGAGCACAUGUUCUCUCUGCCUGAGAACCGGAACAAAUCACUGUACGGUGGCCUGGCAGUGGCAGUACCAGGUGAAGUGAAAGGCCUGUACGAGAUUCAUCAAAGGUACGGAAAGACGCCAUGGAGAGAUUUGGUCAUGCCAAGCGUCCACCUGUGUCGGGACGGUGUCCCUAUAACGGAAGCUGUCUACACUGCACUGAAAAGUCUGACCACUAAUGAGAUGAAACAAGAAUUUUCAGAAUACUUUGAUGAAAACGGCAACAUACACCCGGUGGGAUACCCAGUCAAACUUCCCAGACUUGCCGAAACUUUCCAAAAGAUCGCCGAUGACCCACUGUCUUUCUAUAAUGGCUCACUUGCAGGUGACAUUGUGCAAGACAUUCGAGAUGCUGGUGGUAUCAUUACCUUAGAUGAUAUGAAGAACUAUACUUUGAAGUGGACUACCCCCUCAGUGAUGAACUUGCGUGAUAACAUAACUGUACACUCGAUGCCUCCUCCUGGAAGUGGACCUGUCCUUGGGUAUAUUCUGAACAUUUUGAAUGGAUAUAAUUUAACUCCAGCAAGUGUUGCCACAGACGCUGACUCCAUCUUGACACAUCACAGGAUUGUUGAAGCCAUGAAGUUUGGCUAUGGAAAGAGAACAAACUUGGGAGACGAAGAUUUUGUUAAUGUGACUGAAGAUGUUCGGAACAUGCAGUCACUGGCUUACGGUGAGACUACAAGACGAAAAAUCAAUGACGCCUCCACGUUUGAUACAAACUACUAUGACCCGACUAUACCGGAGGUUAAUGAUCAUGGUACUGCUCAUAUCUCAAUCAUUGAUGCUGAUGGCAAUGCUGUCUCAGUGACAAGCACUAUUAACACUUAUUUUGGCUCUCAAGUGAAAGGAAACCGUACAGGAAUCAUAUUCAACAAUGAGAUGGAUGACUUUUCCACUCCGAAUUCCACCAAUUACUUCCAGUUGCCAGCCUCCCCAGCAAACUUUAUCAAACCUGGGAAAAGGCCUAUGUCAUCUAUGUGCCCUGCAAUUGUGGUUGACAACAAGACAGGAAAAAUCACUCUAGUCACAGGUGCAGCAGGUGGUAGCAAAAUCACAACCGCGACAGCUUUGAAUAUCAUUGAUGUGUUAUGGUUGGGCCUGCCACUCCCUGCCUCGGUUGAUCGUCCCAGGUUACAUCAUCAACUUGUUCCUGUAUAUAUCCAGUUGGAGGAUAGUUUUCCAGCAGUCAUUCGUAAAGGAUUAGAAGCCAAAGGUCAUAAAACAGGAAGUAUGCAAGGUAUUUCAGUUGUCCAAUCAGCAUUGGUCCUUCCAAGCUCGAUCCUCGGAGUUGCUGACUUCAGAAAAGGAGGGGUACCAAGUGGAUACUAG